UAACAGACUCGGCGGUUAAAAUCCACGAUCACUAAUAGAUUUGUUAAUGAAUUAUAGUCAACCAAAAAUUGCAUAGCCUGCAAUGUCGUCGCUACUCCCCACAAAGCGACAAUUGGCUAGCCGAUUCUUACGUCAGGAAUGCGUGGCUAGCGGAGGGAUUCUUAUGGCACUUUUGAUUUUGAGCUUCUACAUGCUCAGCAGGUUUCAAACAGAAACGCCUUUCCUUACACAUUUAUUUACAAAUUCAGAACCACUUGAACCAAAUGCCGAUAAGAUUUCUAGGAAAACUCCUACAACUUGCGCCGAUCUCACAACUUCCAAAUCAUCUUCCAAAUGUGACGUCUCGAGAUUAAAAAUUGUUAUUUCAUCUCACCUUGCAAUGAACAUUUCCAUCGACGGAAUUUUCGGAGAUUUUUAUUCCGCUACAAUGACAUUUCAAGCUUUCAGUCAGUUAAUAGUGUGCACUACCGGUCCUGGUGGAGUUUCUGACUUGGAUGAAGCUUUACCUAAUGGCCGUAUGGUUAUCGCUUCUUCUAGUGGCACCAGAAUUUACGCUACUGGCAAUAUUACUUUUUCUUCUUCCGGCAACUCAACCAUUUCCACUUACAGCAAUGUUACAAUUUACGCUCCCAGUAAAAUUUCCUUAGCUUCCUCUUGCUCCUUAAAAACAUUGCCUGUAAGAAUGAUAGCGGAAGACUUGGCUGAUCACAAAGAGUCAUUUAUCAGCAAAUUCGUCGACUGUGAUGUUGGGAAGACCGAUGGAUCAGUAGGACGUUCCUGCGGUCUUCGACUAAUGGUAAACAAAAUAGCAAAAUCCUCCCUCGACUUCGAUUACAUCCAGCGCCGGUUGGAGAGCCGGUGGGACAACGGGUUAGAGCCGCCAACGACAAACGAAUCUAACGGAGUCAUCAAAAAUAUCUUGGAGUGGUCGGAGAGAUUUCCAACAAGAACAAAUCAUUGGGACCGAGAGUACUUCCUUAAAUGCCCCGUAAACAAUUGCCGAAUCACCGCGAACAGAACUCUUGUCGUGCCUGACGAAGUAGACGCAAUUGUAUUUAACUCUAUGAGGAUGCCAAGAAAGAAGAAAAACAGUCUUUUUCCUGAGAGAAAAAGAUUUCCAAGGGCAAAGAUUGUGCUUCAGUCAUACGAAGCUCCGGACCGCGUGCCUGUCACCGACGAAAUACUAGUCGACUACACGAUGGGGUACAGAAGAGACGCUGACAUAGUGAAGACAAAUGGUGCGGUACAUUGGAAACGCACGCCUUCCAGCCCCAUGCCUGACUCCUCCAGGAGUGCCACACCAAACAGCAAGCGAAGGAUGGCUGCUUGGUUCGUGUCCAACUGUGGGGCUCCCAGUAAUAGAAUGAAGUUGGCGCAGUCAUUACAAAAGCACGGCGUGCAAGUCGACAUAUACGGCAAAUGCGGUAAGCUGCAGUGCGGUCCAUCACGCUCUGAAGAUUGCUACAAAAUGGUGGAGCAAGAGUACAAAUUCUACUUCUCCUUUGAAAAUUCCCUCUGCAAUCACUACGUCACGGAAAAAUUCUUCAACUUACUACGGUACGACGUUAUCCCGGUGACGUAUGGCCUGGGCCACGAGUUGACCGGGGCGCCGAAAGACGCCUACAUCGACGUCUUCGACUUCCCCGACGUCCAGUCGCUGGCCGCCUACCUCCUCUACCUUGACUCCAACACCACCGCCUAUAAUGAAUACUUCAG